GCUGCGCCGCGCUCCUGCAUUGUUGUGAUUCGGCUGAAGAAAGAUGGCGUUUAUUAAAGAAGAGAGUGAAGACAUAAAGAUUGAAGAAACAUUCCGAGUGAAACUUGAAGAAACUGAGGAACACACAGAGUCCAACAGAAACCCUGUUGUUCCCUCGAUGUCCACUAAAUCUCCCACGCCGAUUGACGAUGUUGCCGCCUCACACACCUGCUCUGAAUCGGUGUGGUGCUUCGUCUCUGGGGUGAUUGUCCGAGCUGCCAUCCUCGCAGGCUCCUCUAUCGUGGCAGGCAGAAACUCCCCAUCUGCAGUGGGCUCUGGUGUCAUCUCCGUGCCUUGGGGUGAUGGUUGGCUGGAAUCUGUGUUUGGUGACAUGGACGCUGGUGUGGACUGUGGGUAGAGACUCUCCAGACAGCGUAGGAUGGCCUCCCUCCAUGUUGCUUCUGACAGUCUGGAAAGGCUCUUGGAUGAUCUGAUGGCACUGAAAGUGGAGAAUGAAGAACUAAAUGAAAUUGAAGAGAAAGAUCGGUAUGGGAAACAUGAUUUCAUAACUGGAGAAAAAUCUUUUAGUUGCUCACAGACUGAAAAUAUUUCCUCACAAAAAAUCACUCAAAAGACUUCGAAGAGUUUAACUGGAAAACGACACCUUAAAGUCCACAUGAAAGUUCACAAUGAAGUAAAGUCAUUCAGAUGUAAUCAUUGUGGAAAGAGUUUCACUAAAAACCACAGCCUUAAAAGACAUGUAAAAAUUCACACUGGAGAGAAGCCUUUCACCUGCCAGCAGUGUGGAAAGAGCUUCAAGGAUAAAGGUCACCUUAAAGGCCACAUGAGAAUUCACACUGGAGAGAAGCCUUAUACCUGCCAACAGUGUGGAAAGAGUUUUACUGCAAAUGGACAUCUUACAGUCCACAUGAGAAUUCACACUGGAGAGAAGCCUUUCACCUGCCAACAGUGUGGAAAAAGUUUUGCUGAAAAAGGACACCUUAGAUCCCACAUGAGUAUUCACUCUGGAGAGAAGCCUUUCACUUGCAAAUUGUGUGGAAAGAACUUCACUGAUAAAGGAAACCUUCAAGUCCACAUGAGAAUUCACACUGGAGAGAAGGCGUUCACAUGUGAUCAGUGUGGAAAGAGUUUCACUCAAAAAAUACAUCUUAAUGGCCACAUGAGAAUUCAUACUGGAGAGAAGCCUUUCACCUGCAAAUUGUGUGGAAAGAGCUUCACUGAUAUAGGAAACCUUAAAGUCCACAUGAGAAUUCACACUGGAGAGAAGGCGUUCACCUGCCAACAGUGUGGAAAGAGUUUCACUCAAAAAGGACAUCUUAAAGGCCACAUGAGAAUUCACAGUGGAGAGAAGCUUUUCACCUGCCAACCAUGUGGAAAGAGCUUCACUGAUAAAGGAAUCCUUAAAGUCCACAUGAGAAUUCACACUAGAGAGAAGCCUUUCACCUGCCAAGAGUGUGGAAGGAAUUUCACUCAAAAAGGACAUCUUAAAGGCCACAUGAGAAUUCACACUGGAGAGAAGGCUUUCAGCUGCCAACAGUGUGGAAAGAGUUUCACCCGAAAAGGAAACCUCAAAGUCCACGUGAAAAUUCACAGCGGAGAGAAGCCUUACACCUGCAAACUGUGUGGGAAGAGCUUCACAACAGAAAUAAACCUUGGGUAUCACAUGAACAUUCACACUGGAGAGAAGCCGUUUACAUGUGGUCAGUGUGGAAAGAGUUUCAAGCAUAAAGUAUCCCUAAGUUGCCACUUGAGAAUUCACUCAUGAAGUGUUGAAAAAUUUACUCACACCUAAAAGGUCACCUGAACCCUCUAGUAUGAAUAAGGUGCCAGAGCGUUCUGCUGGAUUUUUUUUUUUCACAUAGCAGCAAAAUCGGCUUAAAAUAAUCUGGCAUUUAUGGUCAUACAGAUGCAAUACUUCAUGUGAAAAUGUAAAGGGUCUUCAUUUGAGUCUGCUUACAAUCAAGACAAAACAUUGUGCUGUUGUAAAAUAAAGAAAAACAAACAGGGUGUGCUUUCUGCCAUCUCAAUCUCUGAACUUUUUUUCUGGAGCGCGUCACAAAAAUGAAACAAAAGUCAUCGAAUACUUGUCACACAGACAUGAACAAUAUACAGUAUCUGCUUUUAAAAUAUCUAAUUCAAAACGGAAAACAUUCUGUUUAUUUAAUCUGUAUGAAAAGUGUUAUCUCAUUACCGCUAAUGUGAAUGACUACGGACAGCACGCGCUAUUCAUAUGGUAAUGAUCUGAGGCAAUUCAUGCAAACAGAGUCAACACCCACAUCAACUUAAUAAAACGCAUCGUUUUAUCAGAUUAAUUUUCUCUACUUUGUUUUGGGAUGUGGUGAGAUAUAAUUCUGGAAGACUUUACCGCAGAAGAAGGGCGCGAUUUCUUUAGAGUUUUAUUUUGAGUAGCGACUUGAUCCAGCUGAGGAUAUAAUAUUUAAUGGGUAAGUUAUGUCACGUUUUGAGUUCAUGUUUAGAGCUUGUUUUUGAUCUGUGUUUUUGUUCAUUGUUUGAUUAAAGGUUGGUUUUCUUGUUCUGUGAAAAGUAAAUAAAAGUACUGCUGCGUUUUGA